AUGCUGUCUGUGAGCUCGCCGAGGGUGCACAUGAGCCGGAACGUCGUGGAUUUGGGCCUGCUGGCCGCCUGCCGCUGCCGCCGCUGGGCCGCGCGCCCGGCGCCCAGGCGGCGCGCGCCAUGUGUUUGUUUCGUGGCCGCACCCAGCCAGACAGGUUUGUGUGUCUCUCUUACUACCAUGCCUUACCUUAUCUCUGCUGGUUGGUUCAGAGACGUUCGGUACAACACACUACGCAGCACACGUCCUGCCUGUAGUACCACCGUUGCUUGGAGUGAAGCUGACCUAUUAAAAUUCUUCUAUGUAGGUCUUGCGGCGAUCGACGUGCCGGCGGCAGAGACCAUUGCCAGCGCGGCGGCCGGGACGGCGAGGCUCCCCGAGCGCGUGUCCAUCGCUUCGCUCUUGGAUGUCGUCUCGGAUGACCUGCUCAAGCUCAACAACAACCUCAAAUCGCUUAUUGGUGCAGAAAACCCAGUUUUAGUAUCUGCCGCAGAACAAAUUUUUGGUGCUGGUGGGAAGAGAUUAAGACCAGCAUUGGUUUUCCUGGUGUCCAGAGCAACAGCAGAAGUAGCUGGCUUGUCGGAGCUAACUACAGAACAUAAACGUUUGGCUGAGAUCAUAGAAAUGAUUCACACUGCGAGUUUAAUACAUGAUGAUGUCAUAGAUGAUAGUGGGAUGCGCAGAGGGAAAGAAACCAUUCAUCAGCUAUAUGGAACACGGAUAGCGGUGCUUGCUGGUGAUUUUAUGUUUGCACAAUCUUCUUGGUUUCUGGCAAACUUGGAAAACAUUGAGGUUAUAAAGCUCAUCAGCCAGGUGAUCAAGGACUUUGCUAGUGGUGAGAUUAAACAGCAGUCGACCCUUUUCGACUGCGACGUCACCCUGGACGACUACCUGCUCAAGAGCUACUACAAGACUGCCUCCCUGCUCGCUUCAAGCACGAGGUCUGCGGCCAUAUUCAGCGGGGUGAGCACCGCCGUAUGCGAGCAGAUGUACGAGUACGGCAGGAACCUGGGGCUGUCGUUCCAGGUGGUGGACGACAUCCUCGACUUCACGCAGUCGGCGGAGCAGCUGGGCAAGCCGGCGGGGAGCGACCUGGCCAAGGGGAACCUGACGGCCCCGGUCAUCUUCGCGCUGCAGGAGUCGCCAGAGCUGAGGGAGAUCAUCGACUCGGAGUUCUGCGACACGGGCUCGCUGUCGGCGGCCAUGGAGCUGGUGCACAGGAGCGGCGGUAUCCGGCGGGCGCAGGAGCUGGCCAAGGAGAAGGGCGACCUGGCGCUCCAGAACCUGCAGUGCCUCCCCAGGAGCCAUUUCAGGACUGCACUUGAGAACAUGGUGAAGUACAACCUUGAGAGGAUCGACUAG